AUUUUCUUUUCCUUGUCAAGCUGGCGGCGCAGACGCAACUUGAGACGUUCAUCGAGCUUGACGACGGCGCGGUCUUGCGGUGCGAGGGCCAGCGCGGCCUUGACGUCGUCAGCCGCCUGCUCGAGCUUGUUCUCCUUCUCGUACGCCACAGCGCGACGGUAGAGAGCCUUGACGCUCUUGGCGUCCAGAGCCAGCGCUUCGUUGCAGUUUGCCACUGUUUUAGUGUAAUUUUCCAUCUUGAGGUAACACUGCGCCAGAUUCAGGUACAGACUGAGCUUGAUCGCGCUCACCUCCUCCUUGUCCGCCUCGGUGAGAUCGAAGAACUUGGACGCAUGGGUCAAAGCCUUCACGUAGCGAGCAGCGGCGUGUUUGUGGUUGCCGUCACGGAAAAGCUCGUUGCCUUCCUCUUUGUUCUUCACCACCAUACGCAUACGCUCGGGUUUCUUUAGUUUACGCGUGUCGUGGUCUUCGUCUCCCUCAGCCUGACGCUCCGCCUCGGCUUUCUGCGACUCCAAUUCAAGCUGCUGCUCCAACGCACGUUCAUCAGCCUCAACAGCCGAGAAAUAAGCCUCACAAGCAGCGCGAAUCUCCGUCUCAAUCGACUGAUGCUUUGUGCGAAUCAAGUCCAGUGUGGCAGUCUCAGACUCCUCCGAGUAGAUCCAGUCCUCCGCAGCAUCUAAGAGCGGGUUCAGCUUGGAAGUAUCGAGUUUAUCUCCGUGCUUGCCGCUGCUCUUGGAGCGCAUCUCGUACACAAAAGCCUCGAUGGCAUUACGCUCGUGAGCGAUAGCAGUCAGUUCGGCAUCACGCGCCUGGAAUUCCUGCUCCAACGCCACAUAGCGAGCCGCGUCUGCGUCCUCUUCAGCGUCUACAGGUGUCGUGACUGCCUCGCUCGAAAACGCGGCACCGAGAGCGAUGGCUGUGGUAGAAUCGAGCAUACGACCGAUAAGUGCGUUGUUGCGCUGCUGAUCAGCAGGGAAAGCGGCGAUAAUAGCCUCCUGCACGAACGGGAUACGAGUGCCACCGCCCACGAUCUCCACCGACGCGAUGUCAGCACUGGAAACACUGUCUUUGGCUGUUUCCAGAGCUUUUUGCAGCAUCUCAGUCACACGAGCCCGUUCAGAAGCACACAACUCCUCGAAUACAUUGCGAGAGAUGGAGAUGUUGAUAUCUUUCUCAGGAGCAAGGUUCUCCACGGUCACGCUGGCCUCUCCGAUAGUAGACAGCAGCUUUUUGAGCUUCUCGCAAGCCUGGAACAGACGCUUGCCUCCCUUCGAGUGGAAUGACACGCUCAACUGAUGCUUCGUCUCAACUUCCUUCUGGAAAUGUUCAAAUAGGCGACGAUCAAGUGUCUCGGCGCCAAGAUCCACAUCAGCUUCCGUCGCUAGCAGCGUCUCACCUUCACGAGUAAGCUUCACUACCGCUACACUGGUGCUGGUGUGGCCCAUAUCGACAAUUGCAAUGUGUCGAGCCGUCUCCAUGGGGACAUCUCCGUCAGUGGGAGCCGCAACGGGAUGUUUGCAGUGGAAGCAACGAGCCAAUGCUGCAUCGCGCGAGAUGAUUGACAAGCUGGGAAUACUAGCGAUUGUGGCAGCCACACGGACCGCACGCUUCUCUUCGUCGCCCCAUACUGAUGGUACAGCCAACGUCACAUGGAAAGGCUCGUCCUGGAAGCGCUUCUUCAUCUGCGUGGCCAGAUUGGCGAACAGCAUACCAGUGAGCUGUUCUACAGUGAACUGCGUCUUAUUAUUGUCCUUGCCGUAGUCCACUGUAGCCACUACACGGCCAGCUUCGUCCACUUCAAAGGUGGGCUGGUGACCGGGUAGUCGCUCAAGUUGGCGCUGCACGUCCGCCAGUUGGUGCUUGCCUACAAGGCCAGACAAGAAGCUAACGGUGUUGCGAGGGUUCGUGCUGGAUGAGAGCACGGCCGACUCGCCCACAAGACGCUCCUCGCCCUUAAAGGAUACCAGAGUGGCGGUGGUCAUAGCACCAAGCUCGUUGAGCACUACGUCGCCGUUGCUCUCAGCUACGACACAUCGUUGCGCACCCUGAUUAAAUUGACAACGCAAUUUGGUGAAUUAGUCAGCAACCUGGGCGAGAUAGGGCGUGCAAUAGACACUGCUGGCAUUGCAAGAGGAUGGAGAAUAAAGCCACGUACGAAGUCGACGCCAAACACGCGUGGGGGUUGCGUCGUCGCCAUGAUCACGAGGUCUCGGUGUGAGGGAGUAGUUGUGGUUUUACCGCUCUCGAAAACUCUAUUUCGUGUUUUGGUGGCGUGGUGCACAUGUUAUGAACCCAUUUCAAAAACGACCAUCACUCACCAAAAAGGCAAGUUUUGUCUGUCAGUCUCAUUUUUCAAUUGCCACAUCAAGAAGGACGCCAUGCUCACCGCAACCAGCUCAACUGAGGAGACGUCCCAGCGGCUUGUGUCGGUGCUAGAGACCUUCGGAAGAGGCGGCGCUACAGUGGAGGAGCUGGAAUACACGGCGGAGCUGCUGAUCGCCACUGCAGAGGAGGAGACGAUGAGUCAAGACCGAGUUAAGCUCGUCUCCGCUUUCGCUGAAGUGCUGGAGGAAACGGCGUUCCUAGACGCGGCUCAGUUAUCAACAAUUGCGGAACAGCUUGCUGACGUGCUGCUAGGCAGUGAGGAUGACAGUGAAGAGGAUCAGGAAAGCCACACCGCUAGGAGGCGGCGACUGCGCAAUGAGCGACUGGAAACGCAGUUUGCUAUUGGCAAAAGUUGUCUAGUGGUGCUUGAAGAGGACGAGGCGUGGCACCCGGCACGAAUCACGAAGCACAUUGGCGAGAAUGAUGACAGUGACGAUGAGAGUGCAGUCGACGAUCGGCCAAUUGUGGUGGAGGUAGAGUUUAUCGAGUUUGGCAAGAAGCAGAUUGUCCGAGAGGACGAGGUGGUGCUGGACGAAGACGUUGCAGGCCGUGAAGACGCGGAUGACAUGACUGGUUUGUGCGAAAUGUGCGAGCGACCUAUGAACCUGACAGCGCACCACGUGAUCCCGCGGGUCACGCAUUCCAAGUAUCUGCGCAAAGGGUACACGAAAGAGUUCCUCAAUACUUGUAUCAUGAUUUGUCGUCAGUGUCAUAGCAAGAUCCACUCCGUGGAGGACAACAAGACGCUAGCACGCGAGUACAACACCCUUGAUAAGAUUAUGCAGCACCCGGAAAUCAUCGCCUGGGUUGCAUACGCUCGGAAGCAAAAGGCUCGCGUUAAGCCGCGGAAGAAAAGCAAGUGGCCCGUGGGAAAGUGAGCGCAUGGGACAAUGGACCUCAACGAUGGGUUCUUGUGAAAAGUUGUUGCUAGGUAAAGAUGCUGUAACAAAAGAUCUUGUACAGUUACCAAUGGACUUGGACACAAUGAAUGAAACACUUGCAGAGAUGAUCACUGAGAGAUCCAGUGUUGAAUGAUAAAGAGCUGGUUUCUGGAGCAUUUUACAGUUCGUGCUACAGUGGCUGGAUCAUUCGAUGGAUUAUUGCACAUGUAUCUUUCUCCAUUACUUGGAUCUGGAAACUAGCUAGUCAGUUACAGCUCGACGGGUCUGGGUGGGACUUGCACGUCAGGGAAGUCCGAUCGAAUAUUUGAGUGCUAGACUGUAGAUGUAACGCAGAGAUACUAAAAAAAA